CCACAUAUCUGCAACUACAUAUUCUUGAGUACAGCAUGAUUCCAAAUUCAACAUGUAAAAUUUAAUAACCAUUAUAACCCUCAUCGCCUACAAUGGUAUCCUACAAAGAAAUCCGCGCCUCCAACGCCCUCCUCAACGACGCCACAACCCCCCGUGUCGCCGUCUUCGCCGGCGGUACCUCUGGCAUCGGGCAACUCACCGUCCGCGCCUUAGUAUCCACCGGCGCCAGCGUGAGAAUCCACCUCAUCGGCCGCAAAAGCUCUGAAGAGCGCUCGCGGAUUUUCAUCCAGGAGCUGAAUGCCAUAAAUCCCAAAGCCGAAAUCAUCUGGGUAGAAGGCGAAAUCUCGCUUUUGUCAGAAACGAAGAGAGUAUGCGAGAUCAUCAAAAGCAAGGAGUCCCGCAUCGACCUCCUCUUCCUCACCACUGGCUACGCCCCCUUCGGCGCCCGCAACGAGACGGCAGAGGGCAUAGAAAUCACCCAAAGCCUGAUAUACUACUCCCGGAUCCUCUUCAUCCAGCACCUCCUCCCCCUCCUCCGCCUAUCAGAAGCCCCUAAAAUCGUCAGCGUCCAAGGCGGCGGGAUGGAACGCACGACUGUCGACCUGGAGGACAUGGAUCUCAAGAAACCCGGGAAUUUCGGGUUGGUGAACACGCAUGUGCAGUAUGUGGCUAUGCUCUCCACGACGAUGGAGAAGCUGGCUGCUGAGAAUCAGGGGGUGACGUUCAUUCACUCGUGUCCCGGGUGGGUGAACACGGGGAAUGUGAAUAGGGGCUUGGAUGCGAGUUUGACGAUUAAGAGUUGGCUGGUCUGGCUGUUUUUGGAGCCGCUUAUUGGGUUGUUUUCGUUUAGUGACGAGGAGUCAGGGCAGAGAUAUUUGUUCCAGAGUACGAGUGCUGCGUUUGGGGGGCGUGGGGUGCCCUGGAAGGGGAAGGCGGGUGUGAAUAGUCAGAUGAAGACAGGGGAGGAUGGGUUGUUUCUCGUCACUUCUAAGUGCGACACUACGCCAAAUGCGAAGGUCAUGCCCGUGCUCCGAGAAAAAGCACAAGGAAAGGUUUGGGAGCAUACCCAGAAAGUUCUCGGGCCAUAUUUAUGAACUGGGGUCACUGUUGUACGAUUUCCUCAAGAUAUUAAUAAUGUUUCCAAAAACCUAUCAUUAUCAUUACAUAUCCAAAACCCACCCACCUCCACCAUUAAAACCCCGUCUUCCUCUUCUUCUUCUUCCCCACCCCCGCCCUACUCCCAAACGCCCCCGCACUCGGCUGCGUCAUCGACAACCCCCCCUCCACCUGACUCGAGCUCUGAACCAUCACCUGCGACGACGCCGCGAACCUAUACGCCGGCUGGCUCUCCACCACCGGCGGCGGCUGGCUACUCUGCACUGCUGUUGCCAGUCGCGGACUCGCUACCCCCUUUUGGCGCUUGAGGAAUUUCUCUGUUCGUCGCCGUCGCUUCUCUUCUCGCUGCCGCGCGGCUUCUUCGCCGCUGUCUCCUUCUUCAUCUGCGGCGCCGGAGAUUUGGUCGGGGCGCCAGAUGUAUGUUGAUGGGUCGGAACCGGGUGUCUCGGGCCACUGCGCGAGGAUGGAUGCGCAUGUCCGCCCGAGGGGUUUUAGUGACUUGAUAGAGAGAGCGUACCCGCGGAGACGCGACACGGCGGCAUCCUCAGCAGGUUCACCGGAGAGAGCAGAUUCCGAGGGCGCAGGAGUGGCAUAACUGGAGGUGGGCUCGAAGCCGUGGUCUUGCAGGGGUUGGCUGCUGAAGCGCGAACGGGAGGGUGUUCGUGGUGAAAGAGGUGGUCGGCCGCCGUGGAUGGGUAGGGUGAGGCUUGGUCCCUCUUCAAGGUCCUGGGGUGCUGCGGUGGUAGGUAGAGGAACGGAUUUGUCGCGGAUGGAGACGUGGAUGGAACUUAGACAUAAUUCUGUCGCUACAUUUCGGACGACCUUCUCUUUGGCGAUUCGUGCCAUGCCGGGGGUGUUUUGGGGGAGAGAUGUAACCCAGAGGUUGACGAG